AUGCCGCACGCGCCCACCAAUUCGGCACAAACCCACCCCCUAACCAUCUCCCAAAUCCACGGCACAAACCCCCUCCACCAAUUCAACACCUGGUUCCGAGACCCACGACUCCCCGCCUCCUCUGCCCCAGAAACCUGCACCCUCUCAACCGCCUCCCUCCCCUCCGGCCGCGUCAGCGCGCGCGUCGUCUACCUCAAAGAACUCGACGAGCGCGGCUGGGUCGUCUACAGCAACUGGGGUAGUCGCGAAGGCAAAGGCGGACAAGUCUUCGGCCCCGGCGAUGGAGCCGAUACACUCGGCGCCAUGCCCGAGCCAACGACCAUUACCUCGGAAGUCGGGACCGGCAAUAAAUGGGGCGCGCUGACAUUCAGCUGGGCGAUUGUUGAACGACAAGUUCGCAUUGAGGGCUUACUUGAGCCUCUGAGUCGUGAAGAGAGCGAGAUGUAUUGGCGGACGCGGGAGCGGGGAAGUCGAAUUGGUGGAUGGGCGAGUUGGCAGAGUCGGGUUUUGUGGUCUGCCGAGCCUGAGCAGAUGGAGGAGAAUCAGCGACGGAAGAGUGUGGCGAAGUUGCAGGGGGCGUUUGAUGGGAAUUCGAUUGUGCCUGCUGAUAUUGAUCAGACGGAUGAUGCGGAUGGACGGGCGUUACUGGAGUUAAAGGUUAAGGAGAUGGAGGAGCGCUUUAAGGAUGUUGAGGAUAUUCCCUUGCCACCGUUCUGGGGUGGUGUGAGACUUGUACCGGAGUCUGUGGAGUUCUGGCAGGGACGUCGGAGUCGUUUGCAUGAUCGGUUCCGGUAUGUGCGUGUUGAGGGUGAAGAGGAAGAGGCUAAGUGGCGGGUUCAGAGACUGUCACCGUAG